AUGUGUGAAAAUACAGAAUUUAAUGAAGACAUUGGAUUAAGCGACAACGUAAACUUAACGGGAUACUCAGAUGCUGAUGAUGAUGAUAAUUGUGGUGAUGAUGUCGAUCAAACGAAUGCGGCGAAUGAUGAUAAUUUGAAUAACACUGAUCCCAAGUGUGUAGACGUUGACGAAAAUAUUCAACCGUUUGAUGAGUGUGAUAAUUCGGAUUUAAAUAUUGAUGGCAAGGAUGAAUUUCAGGAUUGUGAAUUUGAGGAAGAGGGUUUAGAUGAAGAAGUAAUUCAGGGUUUUUUAAAACACUUAAUUCAACUACAAGACCGAGUUGUGAAGAAAAGGAAAGAAAAUCAGCUUAUCCCCAGCGUCACACAUUUUAUGAAAUUAGAUUUCGAUCAAAAAAGCCAACAAAUUUCACCGACUAUUAUAAGACAUUGUCUACACAUAUGUGAUUUAAUUGUGCGUAACAAACUUGAUAUUAAAAUAGAUCGUGGCGAUCGCGGUGUUUUAGAAUAUAUUACCAGUAAAGAUUGUCCGAAGAAAGAUAUAAAAUUUACGUUUGUAGAAAAUAUGCGCAUUCACGGUUAUAUUCGGAAAGCCAUUACACAACUCGAGUCGAUCAAGAAAAAUCAUUUGCAAAAAAAUGGGCGACGAAGUCAAGCGGUUAGCGUUGAUAGACGCGAAUAAAUUCAACAACUUAAUGGACAGGCUUGCUAAAAAUAACGCGAGAGACGAAUUGUUGAACAACGCCAAACGUAGCGCCAAGGAGGCCGGUCUUAUUGAAAGUCGUCAGGAAGUUAAAAAAUCUGUUAAGAAUAACUCCCCCACUGCGGGCAAUGACAUCAUUAAUUUUUUAAGAAAAACCGAAAAUUAUCGAACAUCUGUGGGUCUUAAUCAAAUCGAGGAGGGUGAAGAUGUGGCGGAGGGUAGCAAACCCGCACCGGUGACAGCGGGUGCUUCGGGUGCGGGUCAUAAACUGGGAACCGUGGCGUCUUCAGCGGAAAAAAUUGAAGCACAUUUUCGAAAAAAUGGUGUACCUCAGGGUAUCAAAUUUGCAGACGGUGGUCAUCUAAGUAUAUCCUAUCAAGAUAUGCUGGAGGAUUUAACACGAAACUACACCCAAACACAACCUAAUUUAAACGAACAGAACCGACAUAAGGUCUUAUUAUUAUUAAGAAAGACGAAUAUGCCAAUUUCCUAUAUUCGAAAUAAAAGAAUUAAAGAAGAGUACAAAACUAUUUUGAAUCAAAGCAAUUUCGGUACCGUACAAACCGCACGUAAACUCCCGACAGGAAACCAAAAAACGGGUAAACGUCCUGCUAUGCUCGGUAAGAGAAGAAAAAGGGGUUAUCUUUCAGAUUAA